AUGGAUCCGGCACUACUGAAGCAACAGGCAGCAUUCAGGGCACGCGCAUCGCAGGCUGUCGAGAUGGCCAGGAGGAAUAACAACGCAUCCACAUCACAUUCCACCUACGACACUAUCGGAUUUCACAUCGAGAAAUGCUCAGAGUCAGGCGACAUCGAAUGCCGCCAAUUUUGGGACGAUGGCAAAAAUAGUCGAUUAUAUGAGGGUAAUUUUGAUUUUGUUAUGCUCAAAAAUUACAACUUUAGCAUACAGCUUGUUUUGGUCGUUUCUGGUAUCCUUAAUGAUUCGACAACACGGUGUUUAUAUUAUCAUAUUCAUGAGAAUUUUAUUUAUAUUGCUGAAAGAAUCUUUUUUUUUUUUUUUUCGCAGAAACGGCACUUGUCGUCACAGCAGUGGUCGCUGAGUUUAAAAGAAAUAUUGGAAGAACUACAGAUUUACGACCUUGGGAAAAAAUCGGAAGCAUGGCUUCAGGAAGCUUUGCCAGCAAAUCCACGAUUAACAGUCGAUGAAAACGGAAAAUACCUUUUUAAGCCUCCUUAUAGAAUUAAAGGAAAGAAUUCGCUACUAGCAGUACUGAAAAAACAUCACCUGGAAGGGAAAGGUGGAAUUCUGCUAUCGGAUCUGAACGAGUGCAUACCGGCUGCCGAAAAGCACAUUGAGGCACUUGGAAAUGCUGUGAUUGAUGUGCAAACAAUGGUGAACAAGCGUAAGGACCGUGUCUUUUUUUAUAACGAUCCGGAUACUGACUAUGAAGUAGACGAAAAGUUUAAAAGUUUAUGGAGAAAUGCAUCAGUUGAUCAUCUGGAUGAAAAGAAAAUAGAGGAAUACCUUCAAAAGCAUGGUAUUGAUGUGAUGAAAGAUUUAGCACCAAAGAAAGUUUUC